AUGUUCAGCGCUCUGACUGCCACGGUAGGGUUGCUUAUCGUCUACAUCAUUUGCACAAGCAUUUACUACAUCGCAUUUCACCCGCUAGCUAGUAUACCCGGUCCUAAGAUUUGCGGCAUUACAAGGAUUCCUUAUUGGCUGGUGGCUCUCAAAGGCGAAGAUGUGCAAUGGAUGAAAUCUUUGCACGACAAGUAUGGACCUGUUGUUCGAUUUGGUCCGACAGACGUAAGCUAUGCUGCUGCUCAGGCGUGGAGCGACAUUCAUGGGCCGAAGGAUUCUGAGAAGGCACAGGAGUUUUCUGUUCAGCCAGUGAAUGGUGUUCCUAGCAUGCUUACAACUGACGUCGAGAACCACACACGCAUGCGUAGGCUCUUCUCUCCUGCGUUUUCUGAGCGCGCAUUGAAGCAACAAGAGCCUCUCUUCCAGAAGUACUCGGAUCUUCUCAUGUACAAAAUCUCAGAGGUCGGUGAAAAUGGAGCUAAGCCAGUCGAGAUGUGUCAGUUGCUUAAUUUUACAACAUUCGAUGUUAUGGCUGAACUCUGUUUUGGAGACCACCUGAAUCUUCUUGCCACGAAUGAGUACAGUCCUUGGGUAAGGUCAAUCUUUGAGUCGCUGAAGAUGUUGCCGAUUGCAUCCAUGAUCAACUACUACCCGAUUCUCAACGCGCUGUUCACCCGAUUCGAGCCCAAGUCUGUUACACAGCAGCGUAUCUCACACUGCAAGCAUGCGGAAGAUCGUGUUAAUCGCCGGUUAGAAAAUGGGUCUGAUCAGCCUGACGUUUGGAACCUUGCAUUAGGGGCAAAAGAGGGCAAGGGAAUUACUGUCAAGGAGAUGCAUUCUAAUGCAGAGUUGUUUAUGCUCGCUGGUUCUGAGACUACAGCUACACUUUUGAGCGGCUGUCUCUAUUAUCUUCUCAGCUGUCCUGACAAGAUGGACAUCCUCCUCAAGGAAAUUCGGGGCAAGUUCACAAAAGCAGACGAUAUCACAUUCGAGCGCUUGGCAGAGCUCAAGUACAUGAAUGCUUGCAUUAAAGAAGCUUUGCGUGUCUAUCCUCCGGUCCCUAUCGGUAGUCCCCGUGUCGUUUCCCCGGGUGGCCAGCAAAUCCUCGGCAAAUUCAUCCCGGCUGACACACGUGUAUCGGUUCACCACUGGUCAACAUACCGCUCCGAGGUCAAUUUCAAAGAUGCUAAUCGAUUUGUUCCUGAGAGAUGGCUCAAGACGGAAGCCAAGUAUGCUGGUGAUGCCCUCGAAGCACACCAGCCGUUUGGGUUCGGGCCACGCAACUGCCUUGGUCAGAAUAUGGCGAUGCAUGAGAUGAGACUCAUUCUCGCAACGCUUCUGUUUAACUUUGAUUUCGAACUAUCUGAGGAGAGCAGGAAUUGGGCAGAUCAAAGGGCCUUUGCCCUGUGGAUUAAGAAUCCUUUGAUGAUUCGCGCCACGCCGGUGACUACGCACGCCAGACUGAAUAUUUAG